GCCCGGGUUAUGCUGAGCGGAAUGAGGAAAUUGACUCUUUUCGGCGUUGCGAUCGCUCAGGCGAUUCCCAAGUAAGCUUUGGCCGCAUUCUGGCAGCAAGGUCCCUUGGUCUGACAUGGGGUUGGUAGACUUAUGCUUCGGCUGAUAAUCAGACCUCUCUAUCUGUGGAACAGCAUAGAGCUUCUCCGGUGAUCUCAUUUCCAUCAAAUCCCGUUAGCCUUCGCCAGCCAAGCAACAGAGACUUUACCCCGUCCAGCUCCGAUCAAGGCACCUCGCAAGCAAACCCCGCACGAUAUAGUAGACAUACAGUCUACCCGCCAGGGUACUCUCCCGGGCACCCGUUACAAGUUGAGGGAGGAAACGAUGGUGUCAAUGCAAUGAUGGGGGCCGUGGAAGACGAACGACCAACUCAGGGCUUUUUUGGCAGCUCUAGUGCGGCCAGCUUUAUACGACAGAUCAAGACGGCGGUAGACGAGCGUGUCUCUCCGCCCGAUCGCCGCACCUCAGAUUCUAUACUGGGUAUUGCACCGUCAUCCAACCUAUUAUCUGCGAAAACGCCACGGCCGUCUACUGUAUCCAACUAUGUUCUUCCUCCGCGAAAGACGGCAGAUGGCCUCAUUGGGGUCUACUGGUCGUUUGUCUUCCCCCUGUAUCCCCUUGUGGACAGUAUCCACCUCAGAGCAGAAUAUGAGAAAAUCUGGACCGGAGAAACUCUUUACUCGGAUGAGAAUAUGCUGAUGUGCACGUUCAAUGUCACAUUUGCUCUCGCCUGUCAACUGGCUGACUUCAUUCCUCCUGGAGAACGAGAGGCUUCUGCGGAUGCGUUUUUUUCACGCGCAAAGGAUCUUCUGCAGUUUAACCUCUGGAACACGGGGUCGGCCGCUCUGAUUCAAUGUUUGCUUCUUAUGGCUCAAUACCUGCAAAGUACCGAUUCCGCUCAUCAAUGCUGGAUCGUGACGGGAUUGGCGAUUCGGAAUGCCCAGGGCCUUGGCUUACACCUUCCGCAAACAGUUGCUCGCCUCCAGAAUCCCCAGGAGCAACAGCUGGCAUGCAAGAUUUGGCACGGCUGCGUCUUGAUGGACAGAGUCAUCUCCAUGACCUUUGGACGUCCAGCCAUGAUCUCUACGGCCGCCUGUGCAUCGGUCCCCCUACCAAUCACAGUCGAUGAAGAAUAUAUACCCACAGUUGCUGGAUCUGAAGUAACGCAGCCAAUCAACCAGCCAUCUAUCAUAGCAUUCUAUGCAAAGUCCCUCGAGCUGUAUGAAAUUUUAAACGAGAUUCUCCUAAGUCUCUAUAGCCCCACCAUAGAGGAAACCCCGGAAGAUAUUUACAAUUUUUAUUUUGACAAGGAAUCAAACAAAGGAGAGCACACCAUCUUUGAACUUGAUCGAGCCCUUUCAAAAUGGUCCCGCAGCCUUCCGCCGCACUUGCGAGGAGAGCCGUGUCCUGGCUCAGAACAUACGGUCUUUUACCACCAGAGUGUGGUGUUGCGCGCAAGGUUUCUCCAUGUGCGAAUGCUACUUUUCAGGUCCACCCUGUCAAAAUACUGUACUGCGCGUGAUAUUGGGGCUUCAGAUCCACUCACUUCCCUUCGUGACUCUUUCCCUCACCGUGUCGCGUUACAAUGCUCGACCAUUUGUGUGAAGGUCGCGCAGGAGAUCAUCGGACUUAUACAUAGCAACCUGCCCAUGGAUGGUAGUCCAGGACCCCUUCCUGCAUGGUGGUACAAUAUUCUCUAUAUCUAUACGGCGGCCACUGUCCUUAUAGCAGGCCGCCUGUGUCCAACCAUCCUAGAAGAAGUAACGGAAGCUAAAAUGACCCAAUCUUGGAACUGCGCUCUGGAGGUUUUACGGAAGUAUCAUAGUUAUAGCACAUCGGCCCGAAGGUGUGUUGCGGCGCUGGAGAUACUCUAUGAGAGAGUCGCAUCAGAAGGGCCUCUGCCCAAUCUCUACCCGCCGAAUACAUUUGCGACUACUGCCGGACCGAAUGGCCUUCGCGAUUCCUCUUUUGGAGGGAGCAUUGAUUCUGCAUUUCUCGGUGGUCUUGACUUUCCCGAUUUUCAGGACAUGUCCUGGCUGAACAGCGUGCCAAGCAAUCUCUUCUAAUUGAUUCUCGCUGGACUCUUCGAAUACAACCUUCAAAAGUUCAUUUACUCGAUGAGUACAUCC